CACAGAUUUUGUGAACACUUUUCACGGCUUUCGCGACCAAAACGACGAGUGAUUCACAAAUGAAUUGCCAAACGAUUCGCACAUUUGUUGGCAUUUUGUGAAUGAAAUGAAAACACGUUUCAAACGCUCUCUUGAUUUGCAUUUCAUUUGUGUUUUGUUUAUCAAUUCAAAGACGCGUUGAGAGGAAAACGCUGUAAACAAUGGAUCCGACGACGGAACCGACGGCCGAGGAAGCGGUGGACUCUUCGGAUGCCAAUCAACUGCCAAACAAUGACAACAACACAGACAUCAACGACGAAGAAGUGGACCAAAAGCCACAGAUCAUGGCUUUCAUCGCCGAAUGCGAGGAACGCCUGAAAUGCAAACAAAGCCAAAGGGAGGACAACAGCAAAGACAACAUCAUGGCAAUCAAAACGACAAUUAAAUCAGUGUUUGAAUCGUGA